GCCUCCCCCGCUUUUCACAUGACUUCUCAGGGAAAGGAGCGGUGCACUGAGAUGGUCAGCUUAAAAGGCGGGAUUGUAUCUGCUAUUGUCAUCGACUUCAAACACUCAAAGACUACUCCACAAGUCGAGCUCAGCGAUUGACGUGUUGCAGCCAGGCGUCCUAUCACAAUGUUCGCUCCAUGAACACUUCAUAAACUCGGUCGCCAUAACCACGUAUCGCAAAUAUGGAACGGAAAUAUGGGAAAGAAAAAGCAGGACUACAAAACACCCAUGCAACAGCAGCUGCCACCCUGCUUGAACUUCCAGACCAAAACACCGCCUCGGAAUCAUCUUCUCGUCCUCCCCAAACAACAACCACGCGUCGUCUCCGCGCCAUCAAAGCACACCUCGCCCCUCCCACACGCUACACAGCCUACGCAAAAGACCCUAAGAACAUAGCCCAGGUGGCCGCCACGCGAGCGUGGCUCGACACCAUCGUAUACGACACGUUUGCGAUACAAGACUCAUACAGCUGGUAUUGGGCUGAUGAGCGUGUGCCGAUGGAAGAGAUCGAGAAAGCCGAUGCUGAAGGCAGGUUGGAGCAAUGGCUUGAUGAGGCUGAAGUUGUAUCUCGGUGGACGGGGUGUAUGCUCGACGAGGAAGGGGCGAGAUUGGUGGCAGAGAAGACGGAGUGGGUUUCAGAAAUCGAUGGAAGACGGUGGCGGAUCUGUGAUAUGUGUUGACAUGGAAUGAACAUGUUUUACAAAAAGGAUGUUUUAUUGGGGUAUGUAGAUGCUGUGGCAAGGUGGCAAGGUGUGAGAUGGAAUCACGUGUCAAUUCUCAACCUUGCUCCUCGUCGUUGAUAUACCUCCAUGGUCUCCUAUUGCAGAUAUUCGACCCUACAAUUAGCACAGCUCAAUUUGACACUGGAAAAGUACCCGUAC